AUGGAUUCUUCAGCAGCUCCGGUUUCAUCUAAUGACAAUGGCAAAAUUGAUAAGCCUCUUCAUGUUGCCAUGCUCCCAUGGCUCGCUAUGGGUCACAUAUACCCCUAUUUUGAGGUUGCAAAGAUUCUUGCUCAAAAGGGUCACUUUGUUACCUUCAUAAACAGCCCCAAAAACAUUGAUCGAAUGCCCAAAACACCGAAAACCUUAGAACCAUUCAUUAAAUUGGUGAGGUUGCCUUUACCACACAUAGAGCAUCUCCCAGAAGGUGCAGAGAGCACAAUGGACAUUCCAACCAACAAGGGCUGUUACCUUAAGUUGGCUUAUGAAGGCCUCCAAGAUGCUGUAGCUGAGUUGCUACAAACUUCAAAACCUGAUUGGGUUUUCUAUGAUUUUGCAGCUGGUUGGUUACCACCAAUAGCCAAGAGCCUCAACAUUCCCUGUGCUCAUUACAACAUAACCCCAGCUUGGAACAAAUGCUUCUUUGAUCCACCCAAGGAUCAAAUCAAGUCAAAUUUCAAGCUUGAAGACAUGUGUGGCCCACCCAAUUGGCUUCCUUUCCACACAACCAUUCAUCUCAGGCCUUAUGAAAUCAUAAGAGCAUUCACAGCUCUCAAAGAUGAGGAAACAGGUGGAUCAGCUACUUUUGACCUCAAGAAAGCAUAUUCAAGCUGUGACUUGUUUCUUCUCAGAACCUCCAGAGAACUUGAAGGUGAAUGGUUAGAUUAUCUUGCUGACAACUACAAGGUGCCUGUUGUUCCUGUGGGUGUGCUUCCACCAUCCAUGCAAAUAAGAGAUGCUGAAGAUGAAGACAACAACCCUGAUUGGGUUAAAAUCAAAUCCUGGUUAGAUACACAAGAACUUUCAUCUGUUGUGUACAUAGGAUUUGGUAGCGAGCUGAAGCUGAGUCAACAAGACCUCACUGAGUUAGCUCAUGGCAUUGAGCUUUCUGGGUUACCUUUCUUUUGGGCUUUGAAGAAUCUGAAAGAGGGUUCACUUGAGUUACCAGAAGGGUUUGAGGACAGAACAAAGGAACGUGGGAUUGUUUGGAAAACAUGGGCACCCCAGCUUAAGAUCUUAGCUCAUGAGGCUAUUGGGGGAUGCAUGAGUCACUGUGGUUCAGGUUCUGUCAUUGAGAAGCUUCAUUAUGGGCACGUUCUUGUGACCCUUCCCUAUUUGCUAGACCAAGCUUUGUUUUCAAGAGCACUAGAGGAAAAGAAAGUGGCUAUUGAGGUACCAAGGAAUGAACAAGACGGGUCCUUUACUAGGGACUCAGUGGCUAAGACAUUGAGGUUAGCAAUAGUGGAUGAGGAAGGGAGUACUUAUAGGAACAAUGCCAAAGAGAUGGGUAAGGUUUUUAGUUCCAAAGAUCUUCAUAAUCAAUACAUUGAAGAUUUCAUUGAUACUCUUCAAAAGUAUAGGAGGGUUCCUUCCAACAGCUAA